AUGGCAACCAGAGCCUCAAGCGGUAGCACAAGCCGCUCGGGAACAGCAGCUCAUACAUCUUCCCGAAAAGACUUUGAAGUAUUCAGCAAGUACAAAAGAGAACCGAUUUUUGUUGACCUCUAUCAUCAACAAGGAAGAGACGCAAAAUUAUUCUAUCACCAAGAAGGAAAUAGAAAUGUACAAUUAGAUUACACACCAAACAUGUCACUAGUGGAACGAAGAGAGCCAGCCCUUGUGGACUACACAAAAAAAGGGCAAUUUAGUAACAGGCUUUCGAAAAUUAUUAAUGAUCAACCCUCCACUUUGGAUUAUACGCCGCACUAUUCCUCUGUACAUGAACGAGUUAAGGGUGGUGUCAAUAUGAGAAAAUCAACAGAUAGAGAUAAGCACUUUUUCUCCGUAAAUGAAUCUAAAAAGCAAAGUAUAACAACGAAUGUGGGUUUUGUCAACGCAAAAUCAGCAAUUGUGGAUGAGCCGCAAAAUCGUUUUGUAAAAAGAGCUACAAAUAUUUAUCAAGGAAGUGAAACUCAUGCGUUGGAUAUGUCAAAGAUGACUUCACGAUCAGACAGUGAGAGGGAUUCAAACGAUCCUGGUUUUAAAUAUCAUCCCAUUUAUUCUGCAACCUUACCCAAAAUUUCUCAUUACUAUGACAUGGGAAAGCAAGCUGACAGAACGAAAUCCAAAACAGCAUGGAUACCCUCGAGAACUGAUUCUUCACAAAAACAUUAUGAUGUAUCCUUUCAAGGUGUAGAGGUUCCUGUCAGGAAUUAUGUCAAUAUGAAGAAAAGUACAGGAAGAGAGUCCAAGAAAAAGAAAACAAGCCAAGUUGACUUGUCAUACACCCCAAACUUUAACCUCACGGAAAGUAAAAACUCGUGGUCUACAGACUUGUUUCUUACCUCGGGAAGAAGGGAUGACGUCUCAGAUAUAACGCAAAGUGCAGAAAACCUGGUGAGAAGAGUAAGGAGCGAACUGCGCAAGCUCAAUCGUCUCAGUAACAGCUACAGCAAGUAA